AUGACUGAAUUAUAUGGCGGUACAAUUUCAAUUACCCAAUUACCAUCUACAUUCAUAGAUGUAUCAAAAAUAAGACAAGUACCAGACAAUCAAGAAGUAUUCAUAAAUCAAAACCCCACUGAGAAUGCAAAUUUAGAUAAAUCAUUAAUAUUCGAUAUUUUAGAGAAAUUAGAUAAUGAUUAUUCAGAAGCUAUUGUUGAGCAUUUAUCAGACAUAUACCCAAAUUCUGAGUCAAGUAAACUCAUCGAAAAAUUAGAAAGUGAUGAUGGGAGUGAAAGAUUUAUAAGUUUUUUGAAAUUUAAACCUGAGUAUACUAAAAUUGAACCAAAUCAACCACUUGAGAUUGUCAGUUUGAUUGGAUUAGUUAGAUUAGAUAAAGUUGAUACUGAUAUACUUGUGCAGUAUAAUGUCCCGCAUGAUAGGGACGUGGAGACCUAUAAUGAAGAGGAUUAUAGGUUGUUUAAAGAGAUAAUUGAAAGUUUCAAUAUCGUUGAUUGGAAUUUAUUCGGUUGA